AUUAAAUACAAAAAAAUAAGGGUAUCAACCAAAGCCACAUUCCUAGGCGGGAACGGCUUCCUGAUUCCCUCCAAUAUCUUUCACUCUCGCAAAUAAGAUUUGGUUAUUACUCAUUACUCCCCAUCACUUACACGUUCUCUCCCUGGAAACUUUUAUCUUCAUCAAAACCCUAAUUCAUCCAAUAUCAGAACCCUAAUCGAUCGCCAUGGACUGUUCGGCCGAGCAAGAAAAGCCGGUUGUCGAGGACAAUGGCGGUGAUUUAGGGUCGCCGGAAUUGCGAACUGUUCGCCGGAGGUUGAUUCAGAAGACGCUGUUCCCGCACAGGUCUCAAGGUGCGGAGGAGCACAUCGACGGAAGAGAAGAAAAAGAUUGUGGUGCAGAUGAAGAAGAGGAUCAGACCGAGGAGUAUUGCGGGAGUCAGGGCAAGAAGAAGAAGAGACCAAAGAGAAAGGCAAUGUCUCGACCUAGAGCUUCUAAAAAGGCUUCUGAAAAUGACAAAGAGGCUCUGAGCAUGAGGGUAGAUGACAAAGAUUCCCCAGUUGCUGAUGGGUCUGAUUUCUUUGUAAAAGUUUCUUCGAGGCGACUGCAGAAAAAGAAGCAAUGCAUCAACUCAGAUGAAGGAAAUGAUGAUACCUGUUCACCUUCAAAACAUGUGCCUAAUAUGCGAAGCCGUCAAUGGUUGAAGUGGCAGGCAAAUACUACUCCAAUUAAAAAUGUAACAAUCAAUGGCCUGAAAAGGCCAUGCACGAGGCAAAUAUCAACUGAUUCAGUACAGAGUGAACCUGCAACACAGCCAAUUCCAGAUUUGCGGUUAGAGGCAAAAAUGACAGCUGAGGAAAAUUCAAGAAUGUUUGCGGGGAGGCAAUUACAUCCGUUUUUCUCAUCAUGGAAAGUGGGUAAGAGAUGCAAUGAGACAACUGACCCAGAGAACAUGGGGUGCUUGAUUGAGAAAAAGAAUAAAAGCAUUACUUUUGGUCCUAUUCAUGUGUUUGAAAGGAUUCAGGAUGAUGAUGUGUCAGUGGAUUGGAAAAAUUGGAUAUUUUGUGAAAGAUCCAUUGUCAAAGCCAGUUGUGCUCCAGAAAGUGCUUCCUCAUCAGUAUUUGAAGGCUCUGCAGAAUCCUUAGAUUUUGAUAACUUUCUUAAUGUUCCACAUUCCAUAGGAGCAUCAUAUUUUCAGAGUGAGGAGUCUCUGGAUCAACGUCCUAUUCAGCAAAAUUUGCAUGAAAUAUCAGCACCAUGCUCUACCAUGUCAGCUAAUGAGCAAGUGCCAUACCAUCAGCUAUCAAAAAACAUGGAAGGGAACCAAGAAGGAAACCAUAUUGGAUUCUUCACUGGGGAUUCUGGUUGUGGGAGGAACAUAGAUGCUAUGCCGCCCAGUAGGCUUCUGCAGGAGAGUAUGAUGCCAUACUAUCUUGGUUGUGGCAAUCAGCCAGAGGAUAGCUUGUGGAUAAAUAAGUACCAGCCAGAAAAGGCCAUAGAGGUGUGUGGCAAUGGUGAAUCUGUAAAGCUUUUGAGCGAGUGGCUACAUCUUUGGCAUGAAAAGGAUUCGCAAUCCAGCAAAAAGGCCACUGGUGGUGAUAAAUGCAUCAUGCAAGAUUCUGAUAAUAGCUUUUAUGGAAGUGAUUCUGACUCAGACUUGGAUGAAGGCACUGGCCUAAAGAAUGUUCUGUUAGUUACUGGACCAGUUGGGAGUGGGAAGUCUGCAGCCAUAUAUGCAUGUGCUAAGGAGCAAGGUUUUCGUAUUAUCGAGAUCAAUACAUCAGGUUUGCGAAGUGGAACUGUUGUGAAGCAAAGAAUUGGGGAAGCUUUAGAAUCACAUGGGCUAAAACGGUCACUUGAAAAUCCCAUAGGUUCACAGAGCAAGCAUAUUAUGAAAUCUUUCCCGGCUCUACCCAAUGGUACAGCAACACAGGAGUUUGAAAGUAAGGUAAUUGAACUGAUACCCUCUUCAGAUGAGGAAGAUUCCCAUGAUGACAUUGGGACACCUGAGAAACAUAUACACAAGAAGAAUAGAACUGCUUGUGAUCGAGGUGAAACCAUAACUUUAAUUCUCUUUGAAGAUGUGGACAUCACUUUUCCUGAAGAUCGUGGUCUUAUUGCUGCAAUACAACAACUUGCUGAAACAGCAAAGCGUCCCAUCAUACUGACCAGCAAUAGCAACAAUCCUGUUCUGCCAGACAAUUUGGACAGGUUAGAGGUGUGUUUUACACUACCAUCGCUGAAAGAGCUACUAUGUCACGCAUAUAUGGUUUGUGCUGCAGAGAAAACCAACAUUCAACCUUGGUUAAUAGAGCGAUUUAUUGAAUAUUGUCAGGGAGAUAUUCGGAAAACCUUGAUGCAUCUUCAGUUCUGGUGUCAGGGGAAAAGAUAUAGACAAGAUAGGAAAGCACAUAAAAUAUAUGGUCCUCUGUCAUUUGAUCUUGAUGCUGGGCACCAGAUACUACCCAAGAUAAUCCCUUGGGAUUUCCCUUCUCAAUUAUCUGAGCUAGUGGAGAAAGAGAUUGCCAAGUCAUUGUCCAAGAUGGAAGGAGACUCUAGCUCAAUGGAGGUAAUUAAGGAAGAAGGUCUCCACAAUAAGGAAAUGCAGAAUGGCUUGGAGAUGCAUGAUUAUGAAAAAGACAGUAUUGAAGCCAAGAAAGAAGCAAUGUUCAGCAGGAACUGUUCUGUUCUUGAUGGCAACGGCUUUGCGGCUGAGUUUGAUAUUGGUUGUGAGCUUUCCAAUUCCUCAGGCUCCCCUGCCACUUUCACUCGGCGAAAUGUUCGGAGAAAACUUGAUACAAUACUGUCCUCCAAUUCAGAAGAUGAGGUUUUUAGUGACUGUUUUCCUGUAGUAUCACAUAAUUUACUCGAUGGUACUGACAGUGGAGUAUUCCUUGACAUUGAUAGCAAGAUUCCUCAUUGUCAGGAAUCUAAUAACUGCUUAAAUCCAUUUACUGACCAGCUACUUCAUUCUGAAGAGGGGAAAUUUGAGGAAAAUCGUUACCAAUGUUCAGAAACAGCAAACAGUCUAUGCAUCUAUGACACUUGCAAAUCAUUUGACAUAUCACAAGUGCCAGAAUCAUCAUUUGUUCCUGAGACUGAAAUGAGUGAUGGAACAGAGUUGCUAUCUGUAGCAUUAUCAUGUGGUCGUGUUGCUGAUAUUGCAGAAACAGUUUCUAUUUGCAAUGACUUAACGCAGAAUCUGUUACAAGUUGAGGCUAAGAAUCCAGAGAAAUCUGUACCUGGAUUAAGUCAAAAUUUAGAAACGAUGAUAAAUGGAGACUCAGUUAAUGAAGAGGUGGGAGAUUCUCAAAAUGAACAUGUGGAAUCUGUCACAAGAGAGUAUCCAGUAAUGGAUGAAUGUAGCCGCAUGGCUUUCACCAGAGGAUCCAAGUCCUUGGAGGAUCCCAGAUCCUGGAUGGUGACUAAUUCAGUACAAGAAACAUGGAGAAAACUUUGUGGUUGUCACACAGAUCUAAGACGGUAUGCUAUCUUAGAACAGAGAGACGCUUCUCAAAUUGUAGAACUAACUUAUAAAAUGAGCAAUCUCAUCUCAGAAGCUGAUCAGUUGCGGUAUAACUGUCAUCCCUUAGAUAGUCAGGAUUCUUUAGAUCUGUCUACAGUUCCUUGUGGGGAAGAAUCUCAUGCAUUCAGUUGGUAUGAUGAGCAAUUACAGAUGGCAUCCACAAUUGCACAACAUGGAUUUUGUUUCUAUUCCAAAUAUAUUGCUGCUGCAGGAUCAAUCUUGGGCUCAGACUACACGGUGGAUUUGGCCUCUGAGAUGCUGGCUUCCACAACUAAUACCAUGGCAUUAGGAAAAUUAACUAGACCAGAAAUGAGAAUGAAUUGGACUUCUAGAAAGGGUGUACAGAUGGAAGUGCCAAAAAGUGACAUUUCCUUGAGAAGUGAAACAGAGCCAUGUCUUUGCAAUAUAGUUCAGUCUGUAGUUCCUUCAAAAUCAUACUUGGGAGUGAAAGGUCAUGCAUUCCAUGAAUAUCUUUCCUCACUGAGCCAGAUUUCAAGAUCAGAAGCUUCCCGUUUAUCAGAAAACAUUAACCAGAAUAAACGGAGGAGGGCACGGGCUAGUCGGCACUACUUGAGUACUGGUGCUUGCAUGUUGUCUCCUGAUGAUAUUUCAUUGCUGUGUCAAUCUAAUUGCUAUGGCACGGAUUCAUCCAAACAACAGAUGCAGGACUGAAAAAAAAAAAACUAACAAUAGGUGCAAUAUCUUUCUCAUUUAUAUCUUUGAGAUGGUUAUUGGCUGAACACUGGUGCCAUAACACAACUCAACUCACUGGACUGGAGGUUGGGCUUCAGAUGGCGCCCUAGAGUGCAAAGCAUUUUUUUCCAGUGGCGGCUGUAAUUUACUACAUUGCAUUGGACGGGUGCCAAAAGUGCGGGAUGAUAGGCGGAGGAAGCAAUGGGUCAGAGGGAGUAGGUAUCCUUUCCUCAGACUUGAGCCUUGUAGAGGUUCUGCUUUAUUGUUAUAAAAUAUCUAAUGCCAAAAUUUUUUCACCAUUUGUUUAAUGGUCCUCAUGUAUAAUACUAAUAAAAAAAGUGAUGUCUUAUUCCUUUGGAA